GCCGCGCCUUCGAAUAUUCUCACCAUUCCAAGUUCUAGCAGCCAUGGUCUUCACUCUUGUGUUCCCCCUUCUAUUCCUCUCAUGUCUUCACGGUGUGAUCUCUGACUCGCGUUACUUUACCUCGAUGUUUACCUUUGGAGACUCCUAUAUCGACACUGGUAACUUCGUGAUCAUGGCUGCUCCGGCGUUGCCUGUGUGGCAGGACAAGCCUCCUUACGGCAUGACCUUCUUUGGCCACCCCAUGGGCCGCAUUAGUGACGGGAGAGUCAUUGUUGAUUUCAUAGCCGAGCAGCUUGGUCUGCCUCUUCUUCCAGCCUCCCUGCAGAAUAGCACGGACGUCUCCAAAGGCGUAAAUUUUGCCGUGGGUGGUGCAACGGCGAUCGAUGUCGGCUUGUACGAGAGGAACAAGUUGGUUCAGUUGAAGCUUCUGAACAACUCUCUGAACGUGCAGCUGGGUUGGUUCGAGAGGCUGAAGCCAUCGAUUUGCAACACUACAAAAGGAUGCAGAGACCGCUUCCGUAAAGCUCUCUUCUUCGUUGGCGAGUUUGGAGUGAAUGACUACAGCUUCCUAUGGAGUGCCGGGAAGACGGAAGAGGAAGUGAGGUCUUAUGUACCCAAAGUUGUGCAGAAAAUUGCAAUGGCAGUGGAGAGGCUCAUCAACGAAGGAGCGGCAUACCUUGUCGUGCCGGGGAAUCCACCAAACGGGUGCUCACCCACCAUGCUCACGUUCCGCUUGAGCCUCAACAGGACGGACAACUACGACUACAUUGGCUGCCUAAACGACAUCAACCGGGUGGCCAGGCGCCACAACUCUUUUCUCCGCUUGGCAAUUGGUGCUCUCAGGGUCAAGUACCCUCAUACCACGAUCAUCUUCGCUGACUUCUACCACCCGAUCAUCUCAAUCAUCGAAAAGCCCAAUCGUUUUGGUGUCAAUGGAGCGGACGCGCUCCGCGCUUGCUGCGGCGGCGGUGGGAAGUACAACUGGAACGCAAGCGCGGUCUGUGGAAUGCCGGGGGUGACUGCUUGCAAGAAUCCUUCAGCAUUCGUUAACUGGGACGGGGCUCACUUCACAGAGGCCACAUACCGGUACAUCGCCGAGGGGUGGCUCCAUGGUCCUUUUGCUGAUCCUCCCAUACUAAGUGCCAUUCGCCACUAAUUUAAGAGAAAAAACUUAAACAUACAAUUACAAUAAGUGUACGGAUACUAUUACUAACAUCUUAUUAUAGGAAUCAACAGAAAUCAAAAUGGCUUAUAUUAGACAAAAAAGAACAUCAAAACGUAAUAUUGGGGUAACUAGACCCAUAGACACAGAAACAACUCGAACAUCAAUACA